AUGGCAGCCACUCCGAAGCAGCCCGUCUGUCUGAUCGUCAUCGACGGCUGGGGCGUCUCCGAGGAGGUGCACGGCAAUGCGAUUGCCAACGCGGAAACGCCCGUCAUGGAUGAGUUCGCGAAGCACGGCAGCCCCGAGGAGGGCCACUACCUGACGCUGGACGCCAGCGGCCUGGCGGUCGGCCUGCCCGCCGGCCUCAUGGGCAACUCCGAGGUGGGCCACCUGAACAUCGGCGCCGGGCGGGUCAUCUACCAGGACAUUGUGCGCAUCAACCUCGACUGCGAGAGCAAGGCGAUCCACAAGAACGCCAACUUUGUGGCCGCCUGCGAGCGCGCCAAGACCGUCUCCGGUGGCCGCCUGCAGCUGCUCGGCCUAGUGAGCGACGGCGGCGUCCACGCCCACAUUGAGCACCUCUACUCGCUGCUGGAGGGCGCCAAGGUGAACGGCGUCCCGACCACCUACGUGCACUUCUUCUCCGAUGGGCGUGACACCAGCCCCACCUCGGGGGCGGGCUUCGUGCAGGCAGUCCUCGACCGAUGCAAGGCCCUCGGCUACGGGUCGCUGGCCACCAUCAUGGGCCGCUACUACGCGAUGGACCGCGACAAGCGCUGGGAGCGCAUUCAGCUGGCGGUGGAAGGCCUGGUGGACGGCGUCGGCGAGAAGACCACCCCCGAGGAGGUGGUCGCCGUGGUGAAGAAGAACUACGCCAACAACGUCACCGACGAGUUCCUCAAGCCGAUCAUCGUCAACUCGGAGGGACUGCUGCGCGACAAUGACACGCUGGUCUUCAUCGACUACCGCGCCGACCGCAUGCGCCAGAUUACCGAGACGAUCGGCAUCAAGACGCCCUUCGAGAAGGCGAACAUGCCCAAGGGCCUGGAGCUCUUCACCAUGACCGAGUACAAGAAGGAGUUCCCCUUUCGCCAGCUCUACCCGGCCACCGUCCCCAAGAACGUCCUCGCCGAGGUGGUCAGCGCCGCCGGCUGGCCGCAGUUCCACACCGCCGAGACGGAGAAGUACGCCCACGUCACCUUCUUCUUCAACGGCGGCCAGGAGAAGGCCUUCCCGGGCGAGGAGCGCCAGCUGGUCUCCUCGCCCAAGGUGGCCACCUACGACCUCCAGCCGGAGAUGAGCUGCGCCGGGGUGGGCGAGGCGGUGGCCGCCGCCGUCGCCACCAAGAAGUACCCCUUUGUCAUGUGCAACUUCGCCCCGCCCGACAUGGUCGGCCACACCGGCAAGUACGAGCCGGCGGUGAAGGCCUGCGCCGCCACCGACCGCGCCAUCGGCGUCAUCAAGGCCGCCUGCGAGGCCGCCGGCUACGCCCUGCUCAUCACCGCCGACCACGGCAACGCGGAGAAGAUGUACGACGACAAGGGCGGCCCGCUCACCUCGCACACCACCAACCGGGUGCCCUUUGUGCUGCACAACACCACCCGCCAGUUUGCCAUCCCGCCCGACCACAAUGCCGCCCUCUGCGACGUGGCGCCGACGGUGCUCGACCUGCUCGGACUGGCCAUUCCCGCCGCCGACAUGACCGGCAAGUCGCUGCUUAAGAAGUAG